CGAGCGCAAAUGCUAGUAUUGGGCCAACAACUUCAGCAGCUUUACGCUGACCAGCUGAAACUCCUCCCUGUUGUCCUAAAUAAUCCUCGUACUAUGCGCUUCCGCUUAUCGCCCUUUUCCGAAAGCUUUAGAAUCCUUGCAGCAUAUUGUUUCGGGGAUGUUCCCUCCUGGUACCCGUUCGGCUUCUUUUGGAGCGCCUGUUAUCGUCAUGGAAUAUCCAGAGAAUGAAACUCUCCUUCAGAAUGAACAUUUCUGUGAUCGCUUUAUCCAGCUGUGUGAGGCCUACUCGCGUCGGACAGUAGACAGAUGUGAGAACACCCACCUGAACUCAGGCGUGUCGAUUUGUGCGCG